UUAAGGGAACGGCGAAAACCGCUUCCUGGAUAUGUCUUCAAGAAGUGGGUCAUUGUGGCCAAGCGAGGUUCGUUGCUCGUCACGCUGCACUCUGCUUGGAUGAUACUCUUUGUUUCUACAUGAAAGUUAUUCAGGGGGUCUAGGAAUGAUUCACAGAGCGGUGGUCGCAUUUUUACUGUUUGUUUUAGCAGAAAGUAAAGUGUUCGAUAGAUGUGAGCUGGGACGAGAGUUGUACGAAAAAUUCAGCUUUCCCUUGGAAGACAUUUCCAAAUGGUUAUGUCUUGUUCAUUGGGAAAGCGGAUUUGAUACAACAGCUGUAAACAAAGGCGCCACAGAAAAUUCACUAGACUAUGGAUUAUUUCAGAUCAAUGACAAGAACUGGUGCAAAGGACCCCUCCGACCCAGUGAAAACCAGUGCAGAAUACCUUGUGAAAGAUUAAAAGACGAUGACCUUUCUGAUGACAUACAAUGCGUUCGAACAAUUAUACAGAAGAAAGGCUUUUAUGAAUGGAUGUCAUAUGGACUUCGAUGCAAUAGUAACACUGAAGAAUAUUUCAAAAACUGUGACCUCACAUCAAGAGCUCUCAAUGUGGGAAUGAAAGUGAGACUUGAGCCAAAACCAUCAGUCAGAUUUAAUGUAAAUCACAUCAAAGAUGCCCCAAACUUCGCAAAAAUCAGAAUAGGCUUGACCUCACAGCCAAAAGGAGUUAAAGUAAAUGUUAAUGCAAAAGAAGCAAAAUUAAAUUUCUUUUCAAAGUAUUUGGGUGCAUAUUUCAGGAUGAAGCCAUUUUUUACUUUGCAUCAGUAUGUGACCAGAUAAAUUCUGACAGAAGAGUUAUUGCACCUAUUUCUUUACCUUCAUGCUAGUUUUAUUUUACAGCAUUCAAAAAAGAAAGUAUGGAAAAUUAAGAUCAUAGCAUAUUCAUCAUUAAUUUAUAAAACUUGUAAAUACAACCAACUUUAUUAUAAAUUAUGUAUCAUUUUGAAUAAAAAUUUUUAUAUAGAUGCAUUUUAUUUAUGAA